GUCAGGGGAAGAAGACUUAUUUGGUGUGUGUGUUUGCUUUUUGAAAGGUUAUAGAGUGUAAGAGGCGGUACACAGUUUGAUCAGGACAAAAGUUGAGUAUAUUUAGAGGUAAAUGAAGGACAGAGGCACUUUUAGUUUGGAGCUGUUCAAAAUGAAGUCCCUUGUGCUUCUCUUGGCCUUGCUGCAGUCUCUGCGAUGUGCAGGCCUCCCACUGCAGAAAUCUGAGCUUGAGUCUAUGGCGAACAGGGCCCUCGGAGCUGCUCUGGCAGAGGUCAACUCCAUUAUUGCUGUCAGUCAUCUUUUCAGAGUGACUCAAGGCUCCAUCACAAGGGUUAUUCCCCUGGGUCCGAACACUGCUGACCUGCUGAUUAGGUUUGGCAUUAAAGAAACGGAGUGUGCAAAGACUGCCAGAGAUGACCCACAGACGUGUGCCUUCAGGCCUGGUUUCUUUGUGCCCUCUUAUUCCUGCUCCACUCGGGUACGAGUGUCUGGCGCCUCAAAUCAAGUGAUAUCUCUCAGAUGUGGCCCUGACAGCAGCUCCAGCUCAGAAUCAAGUGAGGAGGUGUUUUCAAGAUCAAGACAGAAGUUAAAUGUUCCACUUGUGAGCAGAGAUCCUGCUGCUCCUGUGAUGCCUGUCCAGCCGGGUCAUUCUCGCCACAUCCAGACAGGGGUUGUCCAACCAAGAGAAGACACUUUCAGCAACUACCUGGUGUGAAACUUCACUUUGGAUGCAUUGACAACUUUAAAUAAAAUAUUUUGCACAUCA